AUUAAAUCUUUAAUUCAUGUCUAUAAAAUUACAUUCACCAUCUGGUUAAACAAGAACAAAUAAAAUCUUAGUGGCAGCUAAGUUGGCACACCUCUAAUUGGAAUUGGUUGAUACACAAUCGAAUGACAAGAACACCUAAACCUAAUUCCCAUUUGGAAAACUUCCAGUCUUGGAAACAAAAGAAGGCAAUCUUUUUGAAAGCAACGCCAUCCUUAGAUACAUAGCAAGACACUCAUAAGGAUUAUAUGGAAAAACACCCUAUUAAUAGGGUUUAGUUGAUUAAUGGCUUGAUGUAACAAUAAAUGAGCUAGAAACAGACGUCAUAACAGCAGCUAUCUAAGUUUUGGGUCAAAUUCCAGCUAUUCCUUCGUAAUUUAAGACCUCAUUGGCUUAAAUUACCUACGCAUUGACAAUUGUGGAUACUCAAUUAGGAAAAACUAAAUUCAUCUCUGGAGAUUCAUUGACAAUCGCUGAUAUUGCCUUAGCAUAAGUUGUUACCUUUGCAUUCACCCUUUUGUUCGGAGAGGCAGAGAGAAGCAAAUUCCAACAUUUAUUAAAAUGGUUGAACGAAGUGAAUUCACUUCCUGAAUGGAGAGCAGAGUUCGGCAGACCAAGAUUCCCAAAGACUGCCUUUGCUUUAAAUGAAGUAGCUUAGGAGAAAGAGAAGAAAGAGAAGAAAUAAGAAUAACCAAAAUAAAACGAGCAACAUGAAAAACCCAAAUAAAAAGAAUAACCUAAAUAGAAAGAACAACCUAAAUAGACAGAAUAACCUAAAUAAUAGCCAAAAUAGGAAGAGGAGGACGAUGCACCAAAAAAGAAAGAAGCAAACCCUCUAGAUUUGUUACCACCUUCAACUUUCAACAUUGAUGAUUACAAGAGAAUCUUUUUUGCAGAAAAAGAUAUUUAAAAAAACAUCGAUACCCUCUUUGCCACAAUUGAUUUGAAUGGAUGGUCCUUGUGGUUAGUCAGAUAUAACAAGUCAGAAAACGAAGGAAAGCAAUUGAUUCUCACCAACAACUUAAUGAAGGGCUUCAUUAACUAAAGAUUAGAUCAAAAUUUCAGAAAGUAUGCCUUCGCCAUUCACGGAGUCUAUGGUGAUGAACCAAAUCUCCAAUUGAGAGGAGCAUGGCUCUGGAGAGGAACUGAAGUUCCAAAGGAGUGGAAAGAUCACGUUGCCUAUGAUUAUCAUUAAUUCAUUAAGGUCGAUGUUAACAACGCAGCUUAGAAGCAACUAUUCGUUGAUUAUUGGAUUAAAUAAGAGGAGGAUGUUUCAGAGGUUGAAGGAUUAAAGGCCAGAAGUUUAAUGUAUUUCAGAUGAGAUAUAUAUAAAAUAUAACAAUACAUUGUAAA